UUGGUUCCUCGGCUCCACUCGGGCAUUCCCCUGUCAUUCCUCCCAUGCCCCCGUUUGCUGGAAUUCUGCAUGUAAGCUCUUACUGUACUCCAGAAAAUAGCUUUCCAGCACUCAUCUCGCUUCCUCCAUCUGCAAAGCUUCUUGGUCCCCCUUCUCUUCGUCGUAUGUACUACCAAAGUAUAUAAAUAUUCACUCCCUUGUCCCGUAUAGCCAUAGAUCGAGCUUCCGGCCCGGCGAGAAAUGGGACAGAGUCCAGGCAUUUGUCGCUACCAUAACUCCGGAGGCUUCCCUAUAGUCUUCCCGACCUGAGCGAGCGCGUUCCUCGUAUUUGUUUUGUUGUUUUUCUGCCCUCGGACUGGAUAAUCUUGAGUCGCAUCAACACAGACAACUCUUUGUCGCAGUAAUAGCUGCAUCACACACACGAAAUGACAGGUCCGAAACGGAUAAGCGACGACCGGAGUCCGAGUCCGACGAUUCGCGAAAUCGACAAUGAUCGCGACUCAGACGUCACCGAGACGUCGCAAUUGCUCGGUCCCGAAGGAUACGGAGCGAGAAAGGACAGCUGGGACAACGACGUCGAUUUCCAGCAUUUGCCGUGGUGGCGCCGGCCGUCUGUAUUCUGGCUUCUUGGACCGUAUGCCGUCUUCACUCUUGCCUUUGGCGGCUUGAUUGUUCCUAAACUCAACCUAAUUCUUGAUCUUGUUUGCAAGCAGUACUUUGCAGACCAGCAACUCAUCAACCCUCAUUUCACCUACAAGCCCAUCGUCUUGGGCUCCGACAACCCGCAAUGCAACAUCCCCGAAGUCCAGCGAAAUGUCGCCACUUUCAUGCUGGGCCUGAACCUCAUCAUCGGCGGACUGAGCGCCAUCGUCGCCCCCAAGCUGGGCAAACUCUCUGAUCGCUACGGACGACGAAAGCUCAUGGCUCUCGCAUCCUGCGGUGGCCUGCUCAGCGAAGUUGUCACUAUUCUCUGCGCAAAGUACCCACAGGUCUUCAACUACCGGUGGAUGCUCGUUGGUGCUAUGUUUGACGGCAUCACCGGAUCGUUUACUGCCGGCAGCAUUCUCAGCCAGUCGUACACGAGCGACUGCACACCACCAUCGAGGAGAGCCGUGUCCAUUGGCUAUGUCCAUGCUUGCCUCUUUACCGGCCUUGCUGUGGGCCCCCUCCUGGCCGGCUACUUUGUCAAGUGGACUGGAACCGUCAUCUCCAUCUUCUAUGUAGCUCUUGGCUGCCACGCAUUCUUCAUCGUCUUUGUCCGCUUUAUCAUGCCAGAGUCACUGUCCAAGCGAAGACAGAUGCUGGCCCGCGAGAAGCUGGCGAGAUCCGAGACCAGUGAAGGCUUGCUUCCUUCUCGCCGGGUUCACAACCCCUUUGAGGCCUUUGAGAUUCUGUGGCCCACUGGUCCCGGAACCUCAUCAAGGCUGCGGAUCAACCUGGUCGCUCUGGCCAUUGCCGACACCAUCAUCAUGGGAUCUAUGAUGGCCGUGGGCAACUGCUUGAUGCUGUACAGCGAAUACAUGUUUGGAUGGGGCACCUUUGAGACGUCCCGCUUCAUCUCGUUACUGUCCAUGAUCCGCGUUGUCGUGCUCAUGGUCCUCUUCCCCAUCAUCAACUACGUCUUCCGCAUCCGACCAGCAGCUCAACGACGACGCGAGUCUGGGGCACCUGCGGUAGAGGCGAACACGGGAGCGGAUACCCUGGACAUUUGGCUUCUUCGCUUCGCUCUGACAUCAGACGUGCUUGGCUGUAUUGGAUACACCCUCUCCCGGAACCAGCACCUCUUCUUCGCCAGCGGAAUGGUCACCGCUCUUGGAGGCCUGGGCAGCGCUACUGUCCAGGCCGCCGUCACUAAGCAUGUCCCCGCAUCACGCGUCGGGCAGGUCCUCGGUGCUGUUGGUUUCAUGCAGGCGCUCUCACGAGUCGUCGGACCCCUCAUGUUCAAUGGCUUAUACGCCGUGACGGUUGGCACAUUCCCACAAGCCAUUUUCGUGCUCCUCGGUGGACUUUUCUGCAUCGGCUUAAUAUGUGCUUUCAUCAUCAAGCCUCAUGUCCACUGGGAAGAUGUCGGCGAAGAAGACGAAGAACCAUUGAACCAAAGCUCGGGACGCUUCGAAGCCAGCGCCGGCCAACUCAUCUCCGCCGGCGAGGAGACGGAUUUCUUUUAACAAGCGGACGUGUCUGACGAUGCACUUUUCGAGGACGGCGCCUGUUCUUUAGCGGUUUGCGGCGCAGCGGUUGGUGGCGAGUAUUUCUUUCGACAGCAGGCGAGGCCAAUAAGAAGGAGGAUGUAGAAACUUUUGGGCAUUGUGUUUGACUGGAUUUCUUUUGUUUGAUGUUGUAAACUGAGCGACUUGUUACUGGAUUUUUUUGAGAGGAGGGGUUUUUGUAUGAUGUGAAAUGUAAUGCUAGAAUACCAUUAGAAGAUACCAAUACACUGUACGGAGCAAGC